CUCGGCCACGAGCUCGCAAAGUGAUUGCGGCUGCUGAUUCCUUCGCCGGUUGGCCAUAGUUGACGAGUCUGCGUCGCACAAGAUGGUGAGUCGAACCACAUAGCAGGUCCCACCUCGCUGCUGACACUAUUGGUGUCUGUCUGCGGUGUGUUCUCGCCUGUGUGUUGCUCAUUCCCAGGGUGAGACCGAGGCUCAGCGUCAGAUCCAGCAGAUGGUGAAUUUCAUUUUGAAGGAGGCCCGCGACAAGGCCGACGAGAUCGAGGCCAAAGCCCUCGAGGACUUCAACAUCGAAAAACUCCGGAUGAUGCAGCAGCAAAAGGAAAAGAUACGCGACGAGUACCAGCGAAAGUCCAAACAGCUCGAGGUCCAACGCGCCAUGUGAGCCGCCACCACCGACACUGCCCUGAGACGAGGAGAGGAGAGGACACCUGUCGUCACCUCUCUCUCUCUCUCUGUGUGUGUGUGUGUGUGUUGCAGUGCUCGCUCGACGGCGGUCAACAAGGCGAGGGUCAAGAAGAUGGAGGAACGGUCGCUGGUACGCAACACAUCGUUGCCUCCACUUGUCUGUGGCGAUCUGACGUGUAUCAUAUGGCAUGGCAUGGGAUGGCGCGCGUCCUGUUUGUGUGUCAGAUGGUGGACAAGGUGAGGGAUUUGGCUUUGAAGGAGCUGGCGAAUCUGUCUGCCGACAGCUCCAAAACACAGGCGUACCGCAACCUCCUCGUCGACCUCACCGUGCAGGUCGGUGGGUGGGUUGCCUUAUGGGAUGGGAUGGGAUGGGCUGUGUUGUUGUGUGUUGUGUGUUGUGUGUAGGGUUUGUUGCGGCUGCUGGAGGAUCAUGUGGUGGUGCGGUGCCGCGAGUGCGACAAAGGACUGUUCGACACCGGACUCAUCAAAUCGGUCAUGACUGACAGACAGACAGGCGGGGGAGAGAGAGACAGAGAGAGAGAGAUGUUGUGCGUUGUGUGUGUUGUGUGUGUAUGUGUGACAGGCGUGUACCAAGUAUGCCCAGAUCAUCAAAGAUGAGACGGGCGCCGACAAGUCCGUCCACAUCGAAGUCGACAAACAAACUGUACCACACACACCACACACACACACACACACAGGCAUACAAACACAUAGGACCGCAUAGGCAUAGCACCAACACAGACAGACAGACAGACAGACAUUCAUCCACACUUGGUGCAGACGCAUCCAUCCAUCGCGUCACAUCACGUUGACACAUGACUCUCUGUCUCUCUGUGCCCAUGUAUGUAUGCGUCUGGUGUGUCAGUUUUUGCCGCCGCCCCCUCGGCCCGGCUAUGAGGGCAAAACAUGGUGGGUGGGUGGGUGGGUGGGCAUUGUGCUGUGGACAGACACACUAAUGAUGCUGCUGUGUUGUGUGUGUGUGUUGAUUGUCUGCGUGCAGCUCUGGCGGUGUAAUUCUGUUGGCGCACGACAGCAAGAUCACAUGCGACAACACUCUGGUCAGUCAGCCAAUGGAAUGCUUUCACUUGCUGAGAUCCAUCCGUCCAUCCAUUCAUUCGUUCAUUCAUUCAUUCGUUUAUUCAGGACACGCGCCUGUCGCUCGUGGUGGAAGAGUGCAAGGUACUCGACACACUUCUGCAUGCCGCUCACUUCCCCUGGUGCGCUGUGGUGUGGUGUGGUGGUGUUUGCAGCCUCAGAUCCGCGAGACCCUCUUCCCGCAAUCAUAGUGACGACGGAUGGAUGGAUGGAUGUAGGACAGCACAGCACAGGGAGGGAAAGGGAUGUGAUGUGAG